AAGCAUUGCUAGAGGUACCAAGAGUUUCAGCACAGAUGUUAGCCUUGGUUACAGGAAAGAUUCAGAGCCUGGCAAGAGCUUUUUCCCCAGCUCAAGUGAAAACAGUGGAAGAUAUUCAGUGGCUAGUGGGGAACUUAAGAAGUUGGAACAGGUAUCUAGCAUGGAAACCCUCCAAAACAAAAGUAGUUUUUGUAGAUGCCUCAAUAAUUGGUUGGUGUGGAGUUUACCAAGAACUAAUAGCUGCAAGAAAUUGGACAUACAGGUUAACAGCAAAUGUUAUAGCUCAACUCGAAGCUAUUGCAGUGCUUCGAAAAGUCAUUGCCAGAGAAAUCUGGAAAGUUUGUUUAGACAAGGAUAUGAGAUCUACUGUACAAGAGGGAGGAAGUAGAUUUGCUGUUGCUAUUAGAAAUAAUUCAACCAGGCCUGUCAGGCUUUUUGAAGCUAUACAACAACAGUCACUAGAAGCUAAAAGCAAUCUGAAUAGAUUGAUCAAAAAGCUUUUAGAACAUGCAGAUUUCUUAGUUAAAAAUGCCAUUAGUGAUGCAUAUAGAAAAAGGUUGGUUAAAGUAUGGAGUAUGUUUGUAGAAUUCACUAAAAGGGUUAGAUAUAAAUCUUACUCGGCUUCAGUUACUGUAGUUGCUGCAUAUUUGGCCUGGUUGGAAAUCUCUGGACGGAGUUCAGAAUUAGUAAGUUGCUUGGUAGCUAUUUCAAGGAUGCAUAAAUUGAGAGGUUUAUAUGAUCCAACCAAAAGUAGUGUAAUACAGGCAGUGGUCAUUGGAAUUAAAAGAGCUAUCUGUGAUUUGGCAUUUGUUACUCUGAGCUUAAGAACAAUAAGACGCCCAGGGAAACUUUGUGAGUUAAAAGUAAAGGAUUUAUAUUUAAGAGAUGAGCUGCUUUGGAUUAGGAUAAAUAGGUCCAAAACAGACCAAUUAGCUAAAGAAAAGUUUGUACCUAUUGAGCAAACGAAUAGCAGAUAUUGUCCAGUUAGGAGGGUAGUAGAAUAUUUUAAAAUCAGGCCAAAGACAGAGGAUAAUGCACCUUUUUUCCUGUUUAAAACAGGAAAAAAGAUGACGGUCUCAUCAGUUUUAGCUAUAGUUAAAAGGUUUGCUGACUAUACUAAUUUGCAAGAUAAAUUUACGGCCCAUAGCUUAAGGAUUGGAGAGGCCACUGUAGCUAUGAGAGGUGGAUUGAUGAUAGAGCAAAUUCAAGCAAUUGGUGGCAAGGUUUCAGAAGUUGCUCAGCUUUAUAUGUUAUCAGUAGGUAUAGCAGAGUUAGAAGCAUCAGCAUUGAUGGG